UCAUCGCCGACGGCUACGACUUCCUCCCCGUAUCCUAUCGCUAUAACCGCGUCAGACGCCGCCGAGGUACAUUCUCGCCCAAUCAUUUCACCCAUAAUUUCGAGCGCAUCCUCUUCCACCUUAGAAACAGAACAAACAUCUUAACUAUAUUCUCCCCAGCUAGCCUCCAGGCGUUCGCGAAUAGAGAUGACUCGGCUUGGCAACAGACGGAGAUCGAAUGCGAUCAUAGUUCCAAAAGAGCUAGGCGUGGUUUAAAAGGAGAAACCACAAUAUCCGGCAGACGACGCUAGAGCCAUAAGUCCAAGACGGAAUAGUAAGGACAUUGAGAUACUAGAGCAGUAUAUCCGAGAAAAUCUCAAAGAGGAGACAAGCUCGAAAUAUACAAUCUUCGCUAGCCGCACUGGCCGAAAAGAUUGACGAAGUAAAAUCUAACCACGACAAACUCGAAAAUGCAAACCGUUUCCUUCAAGACUAUAUCGGCGGUCUAACGAGAUUAAUAUUAAGAUACGACCCGGCCAGAGUACAAGCGCGAAGAAAGGAAAAUUAUAAACGCUAUUAG